AUGAGUCAACACGCGUCACUAGAAAAGGCGGCUUCUCCCACCUCGGAUCUUAGUCAAGAUCCCGUCGACAGUUCCAAACCACCUACUUCUAGUCUUGACGUCCAGAAGAGCCAAUAUCCAUCCGAAACUCCUUCUGCACUAGAAACAUCGGUGAAAACCACGGCGAAAAGCAGCGCAAGUGAUCCAAAGACAUCGGAAUCAUCAACCAAAAGACACAGAAUCAACUUCAGCAGACCAAUACCCAUCAUGGUAGCUCCUAAGACGACAGUGACACGGUAUUCUGUCAAAGAGCCGUCUCCGCCAAUGAAACGUGCAAGCCCAGACACGCAAUAUCAAGAUUAUACACACCGCACGGCUUCCAGCUAUCCUUACGCCCCUAUAUGGGACGGCCACCAGAGGUCUAAACGUCCCAAGACAGAAGCAUCAAUGACGGGGUCUGCGUCGAGUGAUUCUACCCUGACACCACCCGCUAAUUCACCCGUCGAAUAUGAAUAUCAACUCCGAUCAAGCAAUCCAGAACAGCAGCCGUCAAGCAUGAGAGCCAACGGCAUGGCUGGAUAUCCUCCUCCCUUGCCUAGUGCAAUGGCUGCCCAUCAGCUGGAACGAUUCAGUGGAACUACAAAUCCGGACCAAGAACUCUUGCAACCUUCCAACGCUCCGUUCUGGAACACGUACAGUUCCAACCAGGCGUUUGGCCUGCUAUCACCGGCACAACAGCAACUAUCCGCGCGGGCCUACGAGAAGAUGCCUGCCAAUGCACCAACAACGAGGCAGAGGGCGCCAGUGAUGCCGAACCGGCAAGAAUUUACAUUUAUGCCUCCCGUAUCGACCGACGCACCCGAAUGGCCUUCCUACUACAGUGAUAGCCUGCCACCAACCAGAGAACAAACCACUCACGAGAGCCUCCGCAGCACAGAGAGAAGAAACCAACAACCCUACAGAGCACCUGCGAAGCCGAUCCACAAGACCCCCGAGACCCACGGAACCUGGGAAAAGUCCCCCUAUGGCAUCCCGUACGGCCCCGAGCGCCGCGAAGGCCGCAUUCGGACGCCCGAGUGGUACCGUCAGCAGGGCUACUACGUCGACGAAGACGAGGACGAGGCUCCUCCGGCCAAGAACCCAAACUUUGGCGGCCUGCCACGUGACAUCGACUUGGUCGCGCGCGAGGACAGAAAGAGGAAGGCGGUAGAUCCGCUCUACAGGGCACCUAGCCUGGAGCAAUCGCUGUCCAUGCUUACCCUGGAGGAGCGUCGCGAGACCGAAAGGAAGGAGAAGGAGGAGGAGGCCGAGCGCCUUCGCCAGCAGAGGGAGAAGAAGUUUCAAGAAGAGCAGGCCGGGUCGCGCUGGGUUGCGGUAAAGGCGGAGCGGAAGCGGAGGAGAGAGUUCCUGAAAUUGGUGGAGCAGUACGAGCGCGAGUGUCCGUAUAUCUCGGCAUCGCAGCCCGGGACUGCUUUGCCUGUGUGGAGUCAUUCAUCAACUACAAGCGAGAGAAAGAAUGGUAACAUGCGCGAGUUAGGGGGAAACUGGACUAUAAUUGAAGCUGGGGAUGACCCGUUUGUUAGCAAGGACCCAAAGGGUGACUCAAAUAUAAAUAUUAUUACUACGACUCCGACUCCUAAGGGACAAAAGUCAAAGAAUCUUCAGAACAACCAACAUCAAGCGCCAAAAGAAGCCAAAGAUGUAUGCCGCGAUCGAGAGGACACGCUAGCGCUCUACCGGCGCCAGAAAGAAGCCUGGGCCAAAGAAGACCGGGCGGCCGCCGCCGAAGUUAAAGUUCAUUGGCAGCCCCUGACUACCGACAGGGCGAUCUGGGAGCAGAAAAAGCAGCUGGAAAUGUGGAACCGCCGGAAGCAGGAGAGAGACGACUCCGAGAACGCGCCACCGAAUACAAAGUCGGACGCCUCUUCGGGGGUCAGAGAGCAGGGCUCAGGCUCUCUGGACCUUUUGGCACAAAAGACAAGGGUGCGAUUCGCAAACCUGGCAACCAAAACCCACGAGCAAAGCAAGUCUGCAGCAGACGAGAUGGUGGAUGGUGCGAUGGAUAUGCAAAUUGGAGAAAAGCAGUUGCCUUCGGACGCAUGGAGAUUGGACCAUGAGCCAAAGACUCCAGCCACAAAGCCGCCGCCGCCGAGGAUCAUACUCAAAGUUGGAGGUGUCAAAAGGCAAAGAGAGACAGAGGAAAGCCCCAUAGUCGUGGAGCCAGAGACAGGUGAUGUGGUUGCCAGCGAGGAUGAUAUUGCAGAGCAACAGAUGCUGCUUGAUAUGCAUAAAAACCGGCAUGAAGAGUCAAAGAAAAGCCCACAGACUUCCGUGCAGCCUGACACAAAAGAGAACAACAUACCGACAGAAAAUGAUGACGGCUGGCCACUGAUCAGAUGCCGAACUGGCCACAAGGAAGAAGCGUAUUCUUCAGGAUCAAACUCGCCCCUAGGAUCUGUGAACUUCCGGGCAAACUCCGCGUCAACAGAAAGCAGCAUCGAUUCUUGUGUUGGCACCCCUAGGGUAAGAGCUCUGUUGAUGCCAGACCUCGAAACGAAGAUUCAAGAAACCUCCUCAGUUGAGACAGAUUCACCAUCAACGAAUCAGGUGAAGGGCCAGAUCAACUCGAGCCAAGGUUGGUUCUGGACUCCAGAGAAAUGGCUCUCUGGUCAAAGUAUUCCCGAAGGAGUACACGACCCCAUCUCUGAAGGCUUCGCAGACGAGUGGACACCGAUAGGCGCACCUGCUUCAGAUGCCCGAGCCGCAGUACUGAUUGCAAAGGCGGCGUGGAGUACCCACAUGGCGGGCAAAGCAAAGCAGAUCCCCGAUAGGGAGAAAGGGUCGGCAGAGCAAGCUGAAGUCAUCCACAGAGAGCACCGCAAGUCCCAGACAGAGUUCAUGCUCAGCCCGGCAGCCUGUCUCACUGAAGAGGAAUACUGCAAGAUCUGGGCGGAAUGGGCAAGAUUGACAAGGAUCAAACUCUCCAGGGCAACCCAUGGACGUCGACUGCCUGAAGACGAGGGGUUAUGUGAAGGCAUGCUCGAGGCUUUUCUCGAAAUGAUGAAGCGGGCGUCUGUGGGGGCGUCUGUGUCCCACGGAGAGGCUUUGAAGAAGGAAUAUCACAGGUUCAAUGCAGCUAUCGUGUCGACGAUGAACAAUGACCAAGUGAUGCAGGAUAGCUCCGUGUCAACGUUUGGUGAGCUGGAUGUCAGUCCACAAUAUCAAAGUCAAGGAUCUGAGCCCGACAGACACACCAUCUUCAAUGGACAAACAUCCGACCUUGCUCAUACCUUGGCGACGACAGAGCUUGCUCCUCACGCGAAGCCAGAAGAUAUCGAUUCCGAUGACCUAUUUACAUACCGUCAUCAUCGAGUUCAUCAGUUGAAGGCAGAACAUGAUCCUCCUCCACGGGCGCAACUCGUCAAGAAGUCUGUCGAGAGAGGCAGCUUACAAAAGCUCGACCGCAAAAACCGCGAAUACUACACCACCCUGAUGGGUCUGGUUCAAGAAGAGCGGACUGCGCAGGUUCAUCCCCAGGCGAAUAGGGAUACAGACGGGACAGAUCGAGCAACUAGUUCGGGCCUCAGCGAGACAGGCAAUCAGGCAGGGUCGAAUGACAUUCAGAAACAGUGCGAAGCGCCCACCCUCAACCAGCCGGCCGUCGGUCCAGAUAGACCUUCUCUGGGGGUACCUGUUAACGUCUCUCUGGCGCAAGCCCGGGCAAUCGAGUUCUUCCGCCUACAGAUGGAGGAGCAGGAAGACAAGGAGGGCUGGAUAAAGAUACAGGCAGGGCUGAUUGCAAUGAUGCAAAAGUCUGAAGAGACCAGGAGGGAACUAGAAAAAUCUACAAAAAGGCUCAACGAAGCCAGGGCACAAUUCCGGGAGCAUUGGGGUGACGAAAUCUCGACGGACAAAGAUCCAUACCAAGAGGGUGACGGACUGGAGAGAGCGGGCAGGCGCAACGAUACCACUUCUACGACCACCGGCAUGUGGUGGGAUACGAAUGCAGCCAGACAAAAAGCCCAAGCAGACCUCCGUUAUCUUGAGCGUAGGCAGGAGGCUAGCUGGGCGAGCACACUACCCUCACCCGAAGUGGAUGCGGAGGAUUAUCGGAUGAGACGAGAUCUAGGGAGGAUCAAGAGGUUGCUGAACCAGCUGAAUAUCGCACGCCUCAAGCUCGACGAUCCAGAGGAAUGCGAGGAUUCUUCAGAUGGAGAUACUACGUUGACCGUAUCGGCCUUUGGGGGGCGAUAA